AUGUUCUUCUUCGGCCUGGGCGGCCUGUUCUACGUCGCCGUCCUCCUCGUCAAUGCCAUUGCCAUUCUCUCAGAAGACCGCUUCCUCGCGCGCAUUGGCUGGACAGCUUCUGCAGACCCCGGAUUUCCUGGCCAGCGAGAUGACGCGAGUAUAAAGGCGCGGCUGAUCAACCUUGUUUCCUCAGUACGAACCCUGAUGCGGAUACCCUUGAUGUUCAUCAACACACUUAUGAUAGUAUACCUCAUCGUCCUGGGAUGA